UAUCAAUGUAUGUACUUGCUAUAUUAUUUAACUUCAGUCAACUUCAGUCAAGAGUGUGAUUUUAUCAAUUUUGUGCGAAAAUCUGAAUCAAAGGGUGACAUUAAUUGAACCUUGGUAAUACGGAAAUUGAGGAUUUAUGGAUUUACAUAAGAAAAUUGACAUUGGGGCGCCUUUCAUUUUUAAUUUGCUUAUCUCUUGAAAUACCCAAUCUAGUAGUAUCUUUAGUAGAAGUUGCAUUAAUUGCUAACAUGUUGAGAGUAUUCCUGAGUCUUAUUUUGGUAUCAAGCACGAAAGGUUUAGCGGAAAGUGAGAGAUACUUAGAUGCCCCCGAGAAAGUUUCUGUCACUGCGAUACAGCCUUCACGCGUGUUUGUGCAAUGGGACUCAGUGUCCCAGAGGAACGAUGAUCCUGUUAUUGGUUAUAAGAUAAUACUAUCUAAGGUACCAGAGUCAUCGGAGACUCAAGUAGAGCUGAUAAACGCAGAUGAGUUUCCGGCAUUAGUAAGGAACGAUAAAUCGUUACAGGAUUUCAGAAUAAACAAUACUAAUGCAGACAUGAGAGAAAUUAUCGUCAACGCUGAUUCAAAUAAAGCCAUCGUUGAUGUUAAAUAUAACACGCUUUACGAAAUACGAGUUCUUGCCUUUAAAAUUGACGUUAACGGACCUCUUUCAGAACCUAUAAGGAUUAAAUUGUUAGAUUAUGCAGAUUAUUUCAGUUCAGUAACAAGGACUCUGACUGGAUGUCAAAUAUCAGUACGUACAGAGGCAGUGGCAGGGAAAGAAAAAGAAACAUAUCCAUUCAUCUAUAAUUCGUUUUUUUAAGACACAAAAUUUACUCGAACGAAAAAACUAGGAUGAAAUCGAUAAGAAACGACGGUGAAUUAAAUUGUUAACCUAAGAAUACCUAACGAAUAGAAAGAAAAAUAAUUUAUAUAUUCAGAAUAUAUUGAAUGUUUGUAAGCGAUGCUAUUCUGUUUAUUAAAGAGGAUAUUGAACUCAAUAAUUUUAUUUUUCACUAUAGGUAAUAUGUAUAUUGGAAUUUGGUGUCCGAAAUAUAGAAUUUGUUUAUGAGAUACUCGGACAACGCUUACUCCGUUUAUACACAAGGCGUGUCGUGUCUAAGCGCAUGUAUAUGUCCGCAGGUCAAUCGAAGGAAAAAAUUCAUAUUAAGUAUAUACGUAUUCAUUUCUAUCUUACGAUACGACUACCCUAACACCUUGAAUGCGAAGGGUCUCGAUCCGAUUAACUAUUUGAUGUGUAAAAACCAAAUUGACAUAAUAUUGUAAAUUAUGUUAUGCCUAUAAAUAAACGCGUUUCAAUGCUUUAUAUCUUAUAAAUAUUGGCGGUCACCGGAAAUUGGUAGGAAAUAUUAAUCCUGCUUAUUAUCAUACCGACAGUUCUAGACACAUACUACAUCAUGAAACGCAUAUUAUUAAUUUUAUAUUUAAGUAGGAUAAUCGUUAGUGCUUAUGAAAUUGAUGUACCAAAGAUAUUCAGCGUGUCAGCCUUGGAUCCAGUAGGUUUCUUUAUAAAGUGGACAGUUGUGAGCAGCAACAGCAGAGACCCAGUUCUUGGUUAUAAGAUCAGACUGUGGGAAGUCAAAGUGGACAGUCAGGGGUAUUUAAAGUUGGUGAAUGGGGAAGAGAUGCCAGGAUUACUUUUAGAGGACAGGCCGUUAGAGCCGGUGGAUAAAGUUAAACCGCCCAAAGGACAACCACGUGAGGUGAUAAUAAACGAUGUAUCUACUGAAAAGGCUAAAAUCUAUAAUGUGAAAUACAACACACUGUACGAGAUACGUAUAUUAGCGUAUAAAAAUGACCAAGAAGGUCCGAUGUCAGAACCAGCCAGGGUGAAAAUAAUGAAAGGCGACAAAUAUUUUGUUCUUAUUCACAAGAGGCCGGACGAAGACUGCGUGGUGUCCAUCGCUACAAAUACAACUAUUUCUGAUGAAUCGUAUUAUCACUUGGAGACUAUGUAUUUUUAGUUGCUCUCAGUUGAACAGCUUACAGGUGACGCAUAGUACUGAAUGUUAUUAUUUUAUGGUCUUCUAUCGUUUCUACGAGUCUCCUAGUGAAUCAUUUGACCCAUCUAUUUUUCCCAUGCGGGUCAGUGGUGUAUCUACGUCAAAUUGGAUUCUGUCAAAAUUUUAGCCAGGUUGGCGAACAAGUUACAUUAAAAACAAAAAUUGUAUCGAUUCACUCUUACGUUGGUAAAUAUACGUAUAAUAAGAAA